AUCCAACCCGAACAACCCGGUGUCGUUAACGAGUGCACCUACAUUAAGACUUGAUUUUGGCGUCAGUUCAGUUGUGCUGCACUUGUCCUGGGAAUAAUCUCUGUUUUUUUUGCCGUAACGCGUUUUCUUAUUCUGUAUUUAACUGGUUAGGAUUAGCAUCAUACGUAUAGAUGCUUAAUUUAUCAUUUUCCUUCUCAGAAAGAACCACUUUAUGCGACUGACCUUGCCUGUUGUCAGAUAGCUCAAUGCUAACCUGUCUUCAGUGUUAGCUAGCUAGCAUAGCUAAAUUUUUGAGUUCCCUUGGCCAAUGUUCGCGUCUCUUCGACUCUCCCUGUUUUUGCUGCGUUCAUAAUGGAGGAUGAAGCGUUCACUGACAUUAACGGCAAAGCCAUUUCUCUGGACUGUCAGAGUCACUCCGGCUUUUGCCGGGAGUUCACUGUCAGCUCCCCCAAAGUGUCCGUCGGCAAAGUGAUGGUGUACACCUGCUGUGUUUGGCUCCUGGCAUACACCGUGUUCUUCUUCACAGAGAACACUGCCGUCCUGUCCGGUGCCAUUCUCGUCACCCUGCUGGGCAUGAUGCUUCACAUUCACUUCGUGAAGGUGGACCACGAGUCGCUGCUUGUCAUCGGCUCCUUGGGCAUUCAGGUGUCCUCCAGCUACGCCUCAGGCCGUGAGACCACCAAGUUCAUUGAGAUGAGCAAGAUCAAGGAUAUCGUCAUCAACGAAGCUAUUUAUAUGCAUCAAAUCAUCUACUACCUUUGUGUGCUGUUGAAGGACCCCUCAGAGCCUGACGCAGUGUCAAGCGUGGUGCCAUUGUUUCAGAGUUCGAAGCCAAGGCUGAACUGCUUGGUGAAAGUUUACAAAAGCUGUCAGGAGAUUCUUUCAAAGUGCUGAUUGAACACAUGUCAUACACUAGCAGUGUGUUUUCUCAUCCAUUUUAAUGUCUUUGCUAAGAUAUAAGACAUGUUUUCGGGCAGGAAGUACUUGUUUUACUUUGGUUCAUCUUGAUUUAACUGUAUGUUCGGUUUUGUUUUGUUUUUUUCAUGACUUUUGUCCUUUUCUCACCUGUAUGAAUACAUUCAUGAUGUGAAUCCAAAAGAAUGUGCUGCCAUGUUUAAAAGACCAAUACUGGUGUCAUAAUGACUUUAUGUUGCACUUCAUAGCGUAAUUACUUGAACUUAUUUUAAUGGCACUGUAUUAGACUACUAGUUUAAACCUAAAUAGUCAAACCUUUGUAUUAAAGGAUAGAAAUUACCUUUAACAAUUGAACUUUUUUGUAACUUAUUUAUUCAUUUAGCUUUAAAUCAACUAAUUAUGCCAUCUUAUGUAUUUUAUAAGCUUCCCCACAAUGUAUUUUUGAUAUAAAUAACUUUUAAUAAAACAUAACAAUA